AUGACUUAUGUCAAUGACCACAGCGUGCUUGGGGUGGGCAUUCUGUUCACGGUGCUGGGCACGGUGGCCAUUACCACCCGCUUUUAUGCCCUCGUCACAGGCGAAGCCGUCAUCAUGAUGAUCGGCUCCGCAACGCACACGGUGGGCGCCCAUUUUCCCGCAGAUAUCGGCGCAGCCAUCCUGUACUACGACGGAUGGGACCAGGUCUUGUUGGAAAGACUGGAGUUUCCAUUCGACAUCAUGCAGCCCCUUGCCCUAGCCUUGCUCAAGCUAUCUGUCCUAUUCUUCUACCGGCGACUCUUCGUCGGACGGAUCUUUGACAUCGCCAGCUGGACCCUGAUUGGCGUUGUAAUCGCCUGGGGCAUAACUUUUGUCAUUGCGCUGACGACAACGUGUGGGGCGACUAUCAUGGCCAAUUUCGGUACCCUGAACACCUUAUGA